AGGAGUGCUCACCCAGCAACCCGUGACAACUUCACAACACAGGCCAGAGGCCCUUGCCCAGGGAAAGCCCUGGGCAGUUUUCAGGGCCCAGACAGAGCUUAUUUGGGAGGGGACAGUCCUGUGUCUCCCAGAGAGGGGUCAGGUGAGGAGGUGUCAUGCUCUGACAAAGGAGUCAUAGCCACUGGAAUUCCCGAAAUGCAACACAAGAGGUGGCAGGCUGCGGAGAAGCCUCAGAGUUCUUGGGUCAGCAGGAGUCAGGAGCCCGGAAGCCCAGUUGAGUGCAGUGCAGCCCCUCCACCCCGCCCUCCCUGGUGCAGAGGGAGCCUUGAGUUCAGGAAAUCAGCCAAGCUCCACCCUAGCUGCACCGGGAGCGGAAAUGUUUGCUCUUGUUUAGACGGAAGGAAGGAGAGCCGAUAGAGUCAUGGAGAGUCCCGAUGCGCUGCUUCUUGUGGGCCCAGAUCCUGAUUCCAGAGCAGCCGCCCCCACAGCCUCAACAUCUCCCCAUCUCUCAGGCCUCACACUUACACUCAAGUGAAGAGUGAGGAGCCCUUCUCAUGGGGAGAAAUGGACAGUGGCUUAAAAACACUGGGGUAGGGAUACCUUUCUGAUCAGAGCCCGCUCUAUGUUGCUGCCUCAGUUGUCCUUGUCAUGGUAGAUUGUUCCUGGGCUCCAAGCCUCUGUUGUCCCCCCCCUCCCCCAUGACUCAGGCACCCUGUACUCAGCACGUGUUCCCCUUACGGGGAGGUUAACACUCCCAUGUUAAGCCAGAGGCAGGACCAAGGGAGGGGACUAGGGAGGGAGGAGUGUUUGCCUGGCAACCCAUGGCAACUCCACAACACAGGCCAGGGGCCCUUAUUUUCCCACCUGCGGGUCAGGCCAGCCAGGCUGCAGGUGACUCAGGGUGCCUGCGGGAGUUUCAGGAGAAGGCAGCCAUCCCAGAACUGACUGUGGAGGUAGGGCCAGAGCCCAAGUGCAAAGGGUGGAAGGAGCUUCCUGAGUCAUCUGCCUCCAGCCUCAGCCAGCUAUGGGGAGAAAUUUGUGCCCACCAACGCAAGCACAGCCCUUAACCCCCUAAGCACCUGGGACUCCACUCAGCCCCGGACUGUUUGAUUUACCCGUCUCAAAAACACAGGUAAGAAGGGGUUAGCAGAGAAAAACCCUUGUUACUGAGUAAGCAACUGGGUGGUACUCAAAGAUGGCAAGUGAAAGCCGCCCAAUCCAAUUGUGGGUCCUCAGCCAGCAGGUUGAUGGCUGGCCGGCCUGUGCCCCUAGGACGCCAGGAGGAGGAGGCAGCCAAAGACCUCGGGUUGAAACUGUCAUUGGUGAGGGCUCCAGGCCACAUGCCCAGCAUUGAUGAGGCUCGACCAGCCGGUCUGGGCCCAGCCUCCCGCCGUGGCUCCGUGCUUGGUCUGGCCACCUCCUUUUCCCGCCGCAACUCACUGGCUGGACCAGGCAUGGGUCCUGGGGGUAGGCGACCAUCCUUGGGCCCAGUGCCUCCUUUAGGCUCACGGGUCAGCUUCUUGGGGUUGCCCCUGGCCCUUCCCCGGAGGAUGGCCCCCUCCUACCGCACUGAGCCAGCGCCUGGGGAGCGCUGGGAGGCCGCUCAAGCACAACGUGCCCUGGAGGAAGCGCUGGCCGCGGGACUGAGAGACAAAUGCUACUCUGGUACCAAGGGCGGGCUGCUGGCUCGUGAGCUGUGCGAACUGGUGCACAUCCGCCUGAAAGAGCUCAGCCCGCCGCGCUACAAGCUGGUGUGCAACGUCGUGCUGGGGCAGCACACCGGCCAGGAUGUGCGUGUGGUCAGCCGCGCGCUCUGGGAUGCAGCACAUGAUGGCCUGGCCUCUGCCACCUUCACCAACGCCUCGCUCUUUGCAGUGGCCACGGUCCACGGGCUCUACUACGAGUGA